UUUGCAAUAAAACGAAACUGUGAGUGUCCAACAAGCGGUCACAUCUCGUGCUGUGUUAGCCAAAUCUAUUAUUAACGCCCUUAAAGUCGUAGUAUCAAGUGGCACUCGAUCCGAGCGCGUGUUUCCUUAUCGAAUAAUUGUCCCAAGUAGUUAUAGUGAAACAAGGUCUUUCCAAUUCCGAUAAAUUCGCCACCCACUGAUUUAUCAAGUCGCGAUCUACGCAAACUCGGGUAUCAUUGAUGUUUUCUCAAAUCAUCCCUUUUCCCAGUGCCAUGCUCCACGUCCCGCACUGAAUACAAGUGCUCAAUUACCCGGAAAAAUAAUGACGCCUCCAACACCUUGAAGUUGCAGCGACCGAAAAAUUAGCAAGGAUAUUAUGACAAAAUCGGUCCAAAAUGCUCGACCACAGCGGCUACAAAAUCGGGGUUGUUAUUGCAGUGUCUGUGCUCGUUUUCAUCCCGAUUUUGUACUACAAUAACGACUUUCUCGACCGAAGAACCAUUUUUUUCACCACAGAAUCCGACGAGGUCUACAAUGAGAGUAAAUAUUUGGUCGCAACACCCAAAUGCAAAAUCCCGAAUCUGGAUCCGUUCGAGGCCGAAAUUUUGAAGUUUUACAAGCCGAUGAAGUACAUUUCUUGCAGCAAACGCGAUUUUUUAACUCAUGUGACGAAAAACGACAAUAUUGCCACUAUACAUAUUAACACUAACGCAGUUCCGUCCCAGCUUAGAGAACACAUAUCGUGCUGUAUGGCCAGUAUCACAAGAAGCAAGAACAAGGAGAAGCCGGACGACAGCAUCAGAAUAUCGGCUUGUAAAGAUUUCACGGACAACACCACCCUAACCCACGACUUCAUCAUGGUGAAAUGCAUCGACUUGAAAACAAAGAAGCAAAUCUACGAGAACACCCACGCGGCAAUAACCCAAACAAAGCAAAUCAAAGCCAAAAUCACGUCAAUGAACACAAGUGCAACGAGUCCAUUCAGUGUUUUAUUCGUCGGAAUCGACAGCAUAUCACGCUUAAAUUUUAUACGAGCUUUACCACAAACGUAUCAAUACCUCGAAGAGAACGCGUGGAUUCCCUUACGAGGUUACAACAAAAUGGGCGAUAACACGUUCCCGAACGUCAUGGCGAUCAUGACCGGCUUCAACGAGAGCAAAACCUACAGGGUGUGCAACCCUAGCAGCUUGGGCCAGAUGGACAAGUGUCCCAUGAUGUGGUUCGACUACCAGAAGUUGAACUAUGUGACUGGAUAUGCAGAGGACGAGGCUCCGAUCAGCACUUUUAAUUACAAGAAGAAAGGGUUUACGAAACCACCGACUGAUUAUUAUUUCCGGCCCUAUAUGCUAGGUUCCGAGAGACUCAAAGCGGUACGAAGGGACGGAAUGGCUUACUGUACCGGCCCUGAAACAGCCGGUGAACGCGUCUUGAACAUAGCUAAAGACUUUUCUGAAAGUUUCAAAGACGUGGCAAGUUUCUCCUUCUUCUGGACGAACACUUUCAGUCAUAACGACCUCAACCUGCCCUCAGGAAUGGACCGAAAAAUCCGCGACUUCCUGGAGGACAUCGCCGCCAAAGGCGUGCUAGACAACACCAUCAUCUUCUUCCUGAGCGACCACGGGAUCAGGUUCGGGGAAAUACGGUACACGCACACCGGGUGGUUGGAGGAACGCCUCCCGUUUAUCUACAUAUCGGUUCCCGACCGCUUCAAGCGCCAAUUCCCGUCCGAGUUCCGAAACCUGGAGACGAAGCGCGACCACUUGACCACUCCCUACGACAUCUACAGGACCCUGCAACAUAUCCUGGUGCUCUCAGGACUCAACUACACGCAGAAACCGAGCGAUGGGUGUCCGAAAUGCGCCUCACUUUUCGCACAAACCGAGUCGGAGAGAUCGUGCGAAGACGCAGCCAUCGAGCCGCAUUGGUGCACGUGUGGCGGUUAUAACCCGGUGCCAAAAACCAACCAAACCGUUCAAAACGCUGCCAAAUUCGUUGUCGGCCAAAUUGAGGAGAGAAUCCGCGCCAGAAAUGGGGCUUCAAAGUGUGCCAAAUUUUCCGUAGGGAGGAUUAUUACGGCGAGGGUUUCCGAACGGUUUAGUUACAAGAGUGAUGUUUAUUUUCUGGUGGUGAUGGAGACGAGGCCCAGGGCGGUUUUCGAAGCGACGGUGCUGUGGAAAGGCGAGGCGCAGUUUGAGCUGACUGGAGGGAUAAGUCGCCUGGAUAAGUACGCUGAGCACAGUAGGUGUGUGGAGGAGGCCUAUCUGAAGAUGUUCUGUUACUGUCGGUAGUGGUCAAGUGCCUAUUUUUCAACGGUGCCAAAGUUUGCUCAGACGGGCGCGAGUGGAGAAAUCAAAAAAUUGUGAUACUUUGCAUUUGGUACAAUAAAGAUUUUCUAGUCAAUGCGUUAUUGUAAUCGAUGUCGUUAUUUUAGGAGGGGUAUUUUAUAUCAGUUUAGUCUUUUGUGUCAAUAAAUAUGCACUUCUAUUUA